AUAACCGGAGACUUCGCUGGUUACAGUUCGGAGAGGAAGGAGCAAAUUAUUCAUAGCCGGGGCAUUAUUAACUUGAGCUAAUGGCGAGAAAGGCUUCUCUGUUCCUUCGAGCACUGGCUGAGAGGUCGCGUGUCAUCCUGGCGAGAGUCGGACAAGCCGCAGUCAGACAUUUGAGCUCUCAGGUCGCCGUAGCCUCGCAGAGUGCUGCCUCGCCCCUGCAUUCUGCGGCAGCCCAGGUCGUACCCACCCGGAACUUCCUUAAUCUGCUCACCCCUCUCAUAGCUCGAAGGAUACAGUACCGUGAGAACCGGACUAUCGGUUAUUCCGUGGAGCAGAUAUACAGCAUAGUAGCCAACAUAGAGCAGUACCAGCAGUUUGUACCGUGGUGCAGGAAGUCAAAGGUCACAAAGGGGCGGAGUGGGAAUGUGCGGGCGCUGCUGGAGAUCGGAUUCCCCCCCCUUGUGGAACGCUACGUCUCUGAGGUCAGCGUCAUUCCUAAUCAACAAAUCCGGGCUGUGUGUACAGAUGGAUCACUCUUCAGUCAUCUCGAGACAUUAUGGCGGUUCACAUCUGAUCUCGGGAGCCAAAGUGACUCCUGCAAUGUGGCGUUCUAUGUGACCUUUGAGUUCAAAUCCCUGAUGCACUCUCAGCUGGCUACAGUCUUCUUGGACGAGGUGGUCAAACAGAUGGUCGGUGCUUUUGAGAAGAGAGCUGCUACGCUUCAUGGCCCGUGUGUGCACAGCCUAGAAACUACCAGCACAGCCAGCACCAGCAGUAGAGCAGCCUAAGAACAUUCUAGAAGAUAAAGACCUUAUAGAAACAUGCGUCGCUAUCACCUCUACCUGAGCCUUGAACAUGUUCUCUACUUCAUUCCUGGACUCUGGAUUCUAAACGCUACUAUGCUUACAGUUUUCAGGAACACACACACACAGGGAAAAAAUGGCUAUUUAUUUCAGUUUAAAGUUUGAUACAUUUUCUUUUAUGCAUAUAUUGUAAAUACAUAGUAAUUUGGUAGAAUAGUGUAUUGGAGUGUAUUUUCUAUGUAAAUAGAGAGAAUCACUCCCCAUGAAUUCUGAGAAUUUGUCUCGGACGUCUGAGCACGCAGACGCUCGAGUUCUUCGACACGGAGAAUGGAGCUGUUUUACCAAACAUGGUUGGAAUUCCUCCGGGAAAAAUAAACAAACCCUGUUUUUGUUAAUCAUCCAUCUCACAUAUAUUUAUGUUUUUUCCGUUAAAUCAGACUUUGUUAUGUACUUCUACGUCCUUAAGAUUGAGAGGUAUUUCACGGAUCUGUUUUGAUUGGCGUGACCACGCCAGCUGGUUGGCGUGAAGCCCUCAGUGGUUUUCAUAUAUUUGUAUGUCGUAUUUGUUAUUAUGCUUUUCUUAUCAAUAUUUAAGUUAAUGUAGAGUGUUUAUGAUUUGUUGAUUGAAGCUUUAUUUUUGUUUUUGAGGGACACUUUUGCAGGGGAGAUACUGGUGCUUUAUUAUUUACUUUAUUACCAACUGCAAAAUAUAACAGGUUACAUUGUUUAUUGUUUCUGUUAACUGUUCACUUAAAAUAGAUGAGCUUUCCAGCUCCUUGGUAUCUCA